AUGAUAUCGAAUAUUGAAGACUAUUACUGGGAUAUUUUCCAAGACCAAAGGAAACUGAGUAAAUACACCGUGGGUUCCGAUGGUAGAUUUCCCUGUCAGAGGUGUGGAAAAACUUCAUACAAACAAAAAACUCACCUGAUAAGGCAUCUGCAUUUUGAAUGUGGAAUGGAACCUAGAUUCGUGUGCUCUUGCGGCAAAAAGUUCAAACAGAGGAGCAAUUUCAAUACACAUUUGAAAAUAACAGGCCAUAUUUAUUAGGAUUCAAUAAUAUAGUUCUGAAAAUGUGAAUAUUUCU